AAAAUGGACAAACCAGCCAGGGCUGUAAGCAUACAAAUGAAGAACAUCAAAGUGUGUGAUUGUUCUCAGGUGGAACCAAAUCUUUGUGACUCAAGUUGUGCUGGAUUUCCUACCCCUGAUCUAUCCUUUCAGAGAGGGGUGAGGUAUACUUACAGAUAUAGCACAACAAUUACCACCACCCUUUAUGGCUCUAAUGCUGGCAGGAAUGGACUGGCUUUGGACUGUGUGGUUGAUAUCAAUGUGGUGACGAAGUGUCACCUUAUGAUGCAGAUUAGGAAUCCACAGAUUAAGAGGCUUUCCCCUCAGAAGGAGCACUCUGUGCAGCGCUUAAAAAGUCUGAGGGAGUCACUGGAGAGGACGCGCCUCAAGUUCUCCCUCCAGGGGGGAAAGGUCACGGCUCUGUGUCUCCAGGAAGGGGAGCAGGUGUGGGCCCUAAACAUUAAAAGAGCUAUACUGAGCAUGCUCCAGACCUCCCACAUGUCUGCCAAACAGGAGUUAAGAAAGGAGACAGAUGUGUACGGGAUGUGCACCAGCAGGUAUGAGAGGCGAGGCCCUGUCCUGCUGAAGACCAGGGAUCUAAAACAGUGUCAUGAGUCCAGGAUGGCAAACCUCUGGCCUCAUUCUGUAGCUUUGACUGAAGAUACAUCAGUGCAGUCCGAACUGCAUUGUGUUCAGCGACAUGGAUCUACUGUGAUGGAGGAGGUCAACUGUACGGAAGCCUCUUCCAUGGCACUGUGGUCCAGUAAUGCAGGGUUGGUGAGGACAAAGACGGUGUCAAUGCUCCUUCUGCUCAGAGCCCAGCCAGGAUCUCCUUCAGGAGCAGAUUCUUUGAGUCAUAGUGUGCAAACACACCUGAUGUUUGAGGAGGAGGGAAGAGCACAACCAGGAAAAUCCAGGUUGUCAACCCCACAACAAGCCCGUCAGACUCUCAGGAUGUUAUGUAGCCUCACCUCAAACCCACAACAGGUGUCACAGGAGUUCCUGCACCUGGCUUUUCUACUGAAACAUCUGACUCUCCCUCAACUCAAGACUCUCUGGGAAGAAGCAUCUUUCAAGUGUCGCAACGACUGGCAGCCAUUGUUAGAGGCAUUACCAGUGUGUGGCUCUGAAAACUGCAUCGUGCUACUGACUGACCUAAUGAGAAACAGAGAGCUGGAGGAGGAACAGGCUCACACCUUCCUCACCACCAUCACCCUCAUCCCUCAUCCGUCCCCAAAGACCAUCAACUCCAUCAAUACCUUACUCGAGGUCCCAGAGUUGUGGACCAAAGCCUUGUUGGCUGGAUCGUCUUUGGUCCAUCAGCUGUGCCACAAGUCCCGAAUCUCCUGCAGUGAACUCCCCCCUGUACAGACCCUCAUGCAGACACUAGAGGAAACACUCAGGGAAGGCUGCGAGGGAAGAGAACACGCUCGAGUUUUGUAUGCACUGAAGGCAGUGGGAAACACUGGUCUGUCUGCUCCAGCCUUAACUCCCCUGCUGAAGCGCUGUGCACUCACUCACUCAACAGCACUUGAGCUGAGACUUGCUGCCAUUCAAGCCUUCAGACGUUUGCCAUCGAGUUGCGUUUCGCAGGCGAAUUGCAGUCUGGGACUUUAA